CAUAACACGUCUGUGAUGUCUGCGUCUGUUUUUGUUGUAAUUCUUGAGAAGUUUUGUGUUUUUCUAAUUAUAAAAGGACAUAUUAAAAUUAAGGAAAAAGUCGAUCAAUGCUUACUAAUGCCUAAUUAUAUUAUUUCUGCGUAAUAUAUCCGAUAUGGCUUACGUGAACGUAAAGGAUUGGUCUGUAGAGCAAGUCAUGUAUUGGCUUAAAGGCUUGGAUAAUGUAAUAUUUCAAUACCAGGCUUGCUUUCUUAAUAAUGGGGUGACUGGGCAUCAGUUAUUAAACUUCAGAGCAGAUGAUCUUGACAACUUGGGUGUGAAAAAAUUGGGGCACCAAGAGAUCAUCUUGGAAGCUGUUGAACACUUGAGAAAUUUUCAUUAUGAGCUCGAUAAAGAGAACUUACAAAUGUUAGCGCUUAAGUUGUCUUGUGCAGCGAAUUCUUUAUAUAAAGAACUGCUAUUAAUAGAUGAGAAAAGUGACUUUUUAAAGACUCAAGUUAUGUCUGAUGUUCACAAUAUUAUUGCUGCCAUAAAGCCUUUAGUGUUAUGGCUUGAUAGAUCCCCUUUUACCAAGGAAAAAGAUUAUAUAGAAAACAAAAAGGAACUGUUAAGUCUUAGUUUUGAUAUGGCCUAUAUUGCCCAUAGAGGAAUAUUCUCAGAAAACCCUGUUUUAACUAUUAAGAAAAAUUGUGAUAAACUAGCUAAGAUUGCUGAUUAUAUUAUUCAGGAAAUAUGUGAUCCUAUGGUGCUCCAACCCGCAUCCCUAGACCUAGCGACAUUGAAAAAGAAGGAACAAGAUUUGGGCUUCUAUCUUAUGCCCAAUUAUCAUGCCAUUCACCAGAUUGUUGAUAUUAAAUUUGGGACUCCCGCUCAUGGUAGUACUAAGAUCGAAGAAGGUGAUGAAAUAGUUCAAGUAAACUACCAAACCGUAGUGGGUUGGCAGGCCAAAAAAGUGAUGCUUCUAUUGCAAGAAGUUUCCCCUGAGGUUGUUUUAACAUUAAAAAAACGACCAAGGCAUUCGAAGGUUUAUGGACAGAUUUAUAUGAAACCCUACAGGUUGCCCAGCAGGAAAAAAAGCAAUGAGAAUUGGUCUAAAUGGAAUGAUAAUAUGCAGUCCCCUCGGCUGUUGCCUAUUAUUAAUUUACCACCAAUUACAGUCACUAAAUCUGAGGAGGAAAUUAGUAAUGUGGAAGCUGAAUUGAGUAGCAGCGAUAGUGAACCUCCAGAUAGUCCACUGGAGGGUAAUUUUAGGAUGUACCCAGUAAAGCCCAGACCGAUUUUACAGAGAAGGAAUACUAUUACCGGUACCACACCUACCAAUAAGAGGCCUACAACGUCUAUUGAUGAGUAUUGGGACUUGAUUCAGUCACGUGGCAACGCAAACCGCAGCCAGUACCACAUCGAAGGCAGUAAAUUUAUCGAAGAAGAUUCCCGAUUUUUAAGAGAUAAAUCACAAUCGUGUAACGUCGGAUUGGACUCGAGUCCGAGACCGACUACUGUUAUUGGCCUCACGCACAAAAGCUUUCGCGAAAGCUUCAAAUCGAAGAAAAAAGUAAAUUUCGAGGAAGAAAUGCGCACGAAGUUACAAAAAACCAACUUAAGCGACGAGAAAAGUGUUAGCAUUAACAGUCUGUCAAGCGUGCAAGACGAAAAUAUCUCUUUUAUAGACGAGGGUAAAGAGUUAACGGAUCGGAGCAAUAUGGUCGCGAGUGCCCCGCUCAUAAAAGAUCCGAUUUUGGCGGAUAUUAAUGUACAUAAUAUAAUAAAGAAGUUUGAUGAGCCUAAAAACGUUUCACCACCUAAACCUAAAGUUUUGCCUAGGAGCAUAAUGGGGAAGAAAGAGCCUCCGGAGGUGCCUCAGAAGCCUGCGGUACCACCUAGAGCUGCAACUACGAAGCUUCGAGGACGGUUGGAUAAGAGCCAUAGUACGCCUGCGUAUGAUUUGACUGAAGAAGAGUCUGAACUCACCACUUCUCCAAUAAAACCAGCUUCAAAAAUCGACAAACUACCGGACGUUAUCCCAAAAAUUCCUGAAACUAUCACAGAAACUUCUCCAACUGCCCCAGAUUCCCCUAAAAAUUUCACAUUUUCUUCUAUAACACCAGCACCAGAAACUGAGACAGAAAUAAAACCACCUUUAGAACCCCUUCCACCAGAGGUACCUUCUCCAGAACAAGAAACUUUGACCAUGAUGGACGAUCUGCCUCCUAAACCUCCACCGCGCAAGUCCCUGGAUAAUUCAAAACCGGAAUACCCCGCGAACACCCCGAAACCCAUCAUAACACCCUCGAAAAAAAAGAUUUUCGAGUUUCCUGAAACGAAUGUGGAUCCGAAACUGGUAGGAAGUAUCCAAAGUAUAAAAUCGGUGGAUUCGAAUGACUAUUUAGUGCCGGUACAAGUGAGACAGGUGAAAAAGCCUAAUUUCGACCCCAAGUGUUCUUCAACUCCCGUGGGGAAAGUAAGGGAUUAUAGUGAAAUUGAUGGAGGGAAUAGGAGUGGAGAGUGUAAGGUUUCUCCCACAAACAGUAUCGUGAAAGCGAUGAUUUCGAAUAAGGGAAGAAGUGCCAAGAAGAAAAACAGUUUGCUUGCUAAGAGAAGAAAGGUGACAGUAAACGACCUUAGUCCGUCCGACAUCCAAGGCUACCUUUAUCAAAGGUUCCGGAACAGACACAACCAAAACGUCCAUUGGGAACAACGCUACUUCGUCCUCAUGGGAAAUUGCCUCUACGGCUUUAAACUUAAGGAAGAUCCUCGAGCCGCUUGCCUGAUAUUUUUACAUGAUUUUACUGUGGCCGUGGCCAGUGAAGUAAAAUCGCGCUCGAAUGCCUUUAAAGUCUACCACACCGGUACCGUAUUCUACUUUUCUGCCGAGGAUCCUGACGCGCUUCAAACGUGGUUAGAUUUGAUCCGACCCGCGUGCCUUCAAUCCGAUCCGACCACGAAAGUGUUCGAAUCUAAACCCUAUUCAGAAAGUGACGAUUCUGACGUGGAAAAACCGCGUUUAAGUCACUCAGAGAAAAGCGACUCGCUGAAGAAAUUCGGAUCGUUAAAAAAGUUCAGUCUCAGGAAAAGUUCUGAGGCAAGCAAUACUAGUUCGAGCAGUUUGGAUCGGAAGUGGUUUUUUAAUAAGUCUGCUGGUGGGGUUAGUGCUGGCGUUAAUCAGAAGAGUAGCGUUCCAAUACCUACUGCGCAAUUUAGGUCUUACAGAAAAAUCCGAAACGAACCGACGCACGCGAGCGUGCGCACCGGCAACUUUACCUCACAUGUGCCGAUGUUCGGCAAACCCUCGAAUCUGGCCACUCAAACUCAAAACAGCAGUGUGCCGAAUCUCACAGUUGUAGAGCAAAUAUUAAGGGUACCCGCCGUGCUAGACUCUAAUAUAAGUCAGCCAAAGAGCUUCGUGCACGCCAGCAAUCCCAGUUUGGCCACUAGCGGGGGCCCUAGCGAAUAUGCCAGUACUAAGACUGCAAAAGAAUACAAAUCAGGAAACGAUAGCGCUUUAUCGGGUUUCGUAACAUUAGAAGAACUAAUGAUCAGACAAUCGGAAGAAAGCAGGAAAAAUCCGCAUAACGAAUUUGAUAACUUGCCACAAAUCAAUCUGAACCUAAUCAAACCGGAUGUAGUUUACGGCGAAAUCCCUAUAAGAACAAAACUGGUGACCUCUGAGGACGUAGAGGUAUCAGAAACGUGUCCUUUGACGAGAUCCUCAUCUCAAUCGGAAAAACACGAGUCGAGCAGUUCGUGUUUCGGUAAAAGACUCGGAUCAUUAAAGAGAAAUCAGAAAUUGGAAGAGGGCGGUAAGAUUACCGCGACUUACCCCAAGAUGGAAAGUAAGUCAAAUAGGAGUCUGCCCAGGAUGUUAAAGAUGCAAGAGAGUACUCGUGAAUGUGACGAAUACACCCUCUCAAACCUGCACUAUUCCUCGGAUCGAAAUCUGAUAUCGGCAUCAAGAAAAAAAUCGUAUGAAAUGAUCUACUGUCCCGAGACCGUUAACGAAAGUCAGUUCGCCCAAAAUCGUAUGAUCGAUGAUGCCAUGAGCUACGAAACGUCCGCGAAAAAAUCCAAUAAAGUGAAGAGGCAGACCAGCUUCGGAUCGUCGUUCGAAAAGAAAAGUUCCAAGAGUUUACCGGGUUUUAAUAGUCGAGUUGGAGAUUCUUCUAGGACUCGUCUCAAAUCAGCCAUUCAGUACACCCCAAUCACGUUUCCGAUGAGUCCCGAUAAUAAAUCGGGACCGAAAUUCGCCUUCGAGCUGAAUUUGGACGAAAAACAAACGAAAAGUGGCGGAAAAUUUUCGAAAAUUUUUAGUGGAAAAUCCGAUAAGAAGGAAAAAACAUUUUUGGGCUCUCCCAAACUGCACCGAGCUAUUUUUAGGCGGCAACAGUCGGGAUCAGAGUCCAAUUGGGCGACGUCUAUUUCGCAGCCAGUUUGCCUGUCAACAAGCUCCCCGGCAUUGGACCAUUCGCUAAUGCACUUGUCUCAACCACUUCCGCCUUCUCAACCUCAAAUUAUAGUGAAGCCACACGUGGAUUAUCCCGGUCUGACUUAUCCUCCGGUCUUCGAACCGGAAACCUACUCUUUAGCCGAUCCCGAAAAAAAUAUCAAUUUGCUGAGAAAUAGACAAAAAAAUGACUGAUGUACGGUCCUUAAGCCGCAGUAGAUCACGGCUCUCUUUAUAGUGAUAAAUUAAGGGAGACAAUAAGUUAUAGUAUAGAGUUUUAUUAUUUUAUUUUAAUUGGUUUGACAUUCCUUAAGCGAUUGAUAUUAUGUAUGCCAGUGGUUGUUAGUAUUCUAAACAUACAUAUCGUUUAUGUCAUUUUAUUAUAUAAUGUUUUGCCUAUAAUUUACGGAUAUUAUAUAUUACCUGUUUUUACAGUAUUAUAAGCUAUAUUAGGUUUAUUGCCGAUAAAUGAUAUUUUUUAAGAGUUAUAAUAUAUUAUGUGAUAGUGCCAAACUAGAGACUAUGAAAAUAUAUAAACUUGAUUUAUA